GGAGAUGUACAAGAUGAGGGAGAAGAUCCAAUAGAAGAGGGAAGGGAAGAUGAUGAUCCUCGUUUCAGAGCAUUUUUUGAAGAAAUUCAUGUCACUGAAACUGCAGCAGAAACUGGUCAUGAAGACGCACAAACUGCUCCUGAAGCUGCAGGUGAAGCUGAAGACAUAGAAUGUGAAGAAAAUAAUGCAGCUGCUGCAGAAGAUGAAGAAGAGUUUGAAAGACAAUGUUUUGAUGCUGAGAGACCAGAUCCAGCCAUGGAUACAGAUGACAAGAAAUGCUUACUCUAAGGAUAAGGAACCAUAUUUGUGGUUAUUGCAAGAGUUUAACAGUGGAGAAGAGUUCAAGGAUCAACUAUUGAGGUAUGUGUUGAAGUUAAACUAUGAUGUGAAGUUGUGUAGAUCGGGUGCAACCAAACUGGCAGCUAUAUGCAGGCAUGAUAACUGCAAUUGGAAGAUCUAUUGCUCUUCACACAAGCGUUCAGGGAAAUGGCAGGUGCAAACCUAUGUAGAUACUCAUCACCAUGGUAUAAGUGGGAAAGCUAGGAUGUUGAAACAAGGAGUAAUUGCGAGGAUGUUCAGAGAAGAAGCAAGAAGAAGGCCUGGAUUAAGGUGGAUUGAUAUCAAAGAUGAGAUUAUGAUGAGGUACACACUCUCUGUUUCUAAAUGGAUUUGCCAAAAAGCAAGGAGAAUGGCGUUUGAUUUGGUGAUUGAAACACAAAAGCAACAGUUUGCAAAGCUCUGGGAUUAUGAGGCUGAACUUAGGCGUUCUAACCAGGAUACACAUACAGAGAUUGUGACCAUUCCAAAAGCGUGUGGUAAGCAACAAUUUGACAAAUUCUACAUUUUUUUUGAGGCUUUAAGAAGAACAUGGAAGACUUGUUGUCGGCCUAUCAUUGGACUUGAUGGGUCCUUCUUGAAAUGGGAGUUGAAGGGUGAGAUUCUAGCUGCUGUUGGAAGGGAUGCAGAUAACAGAAUUUAUCCAGUGGCAUGUGCUGUUGUAAGAGUGGAGAACAAUGACAGCUGGGCUUGGUUUGUUCAGAAGCUAAAGGAGGAUUUGGAUUUGGGUGUAGGUAGUGGUUUGACUGUUAUUUCAGAUAAGCAGAAGGGUCUUCUGAAUGCUGUAGCUGACUUACUUCCAGAUGCAGAACACAGACAUUGUACUCGACAUAUUUUUGCUAAUUGGAGGAAGGUAUAUUAUGACUACUGUCAUGAGAGUUACUUUUGGGCAAUUGCAUACAGUGCAACAGAAGGAGACUUCAAGUAUAACAUGGAAGCUUUGAGAAGUUAUGAUCGUCCAGCAUUUGAUGAUUUACUGAAAACUGAGCCAAAGACAUGGUGUAAAGCCUUCUUUAGUGGCCGGUCUAGUUGUGAGGAUGUUUGCAACAAUUUUUCUGAGAGUUUCAACAGAACCAUCAAGGAUGCUAGACAGAAACCAAUAAUAAAUAUGCUUGAGGAUGUUAGGAGACAAGCAAUGAAGCGUAUAUCCAAGAGACGUCAUAAGACUGGGGUAUGUAAGACAAGAUUUCCACCCCACAUAAUGAGUAUUAUUGAAGCCAAUCGGAAGACUGCAUAAUUCUGUUAAGUGCUGGAAAGUAGUGAGAAUGUAUAUGAAGUGUUACAAGGUAGUGGGAGCUUCUGUGUAAAUCUGCUAACAAGGACGUGUGCUUGUAACCAAUAGACUCUCACAGGCAUUCCUUGUCCACAUGCAACAUUUGUCAUACUAGAACACAACCGUGAUCCAGAAGACUAUGUUGUCAGACACUAUCUCACAUCUUUCUGGCAAGCCAACUACAAGGAUAACAUACAACCAGUAAAUGGAGAAAGAUUGUGGACAAGAACUGGCAAAGGCACAAUUGAGGUUCCUGAUAAAAGGAAAAAGAGAGGGCGACCAAGGAAAUUUGCAAGGACAAAGGAACAAGGUGAAUCAUCCACAAACCCAACAAAGGCUUCAAGAGAAGGAAAAACAGUGACUUAUGCAAAUUGCAGGCAGACAGGCCAUAACAAAAGCACUUGCAAAAACCCUACUGUACACCCACCACCUUCACGCAAAAGAGGGAGACCAAGGAAGCAUUUGGAUAAUGAUGAUCCAUGGAGCAUACACAAUGCACCAAGGCGGUGGGAGCAAGCUCAAAGUCAAUCCACACCAACUGUCUCUCAAAGCCAAUCCACACAAAACCCUCAGCAUUCCAGUGCUCCUCCAGCAGCUAAUCCAAGUGGCACAGGCAAGGCUCGUGGACGUCCUCCUGGAGUUAAAAAUGGAGAAGGGAAAGGUCGUAGCAAAGCUCGUGGGAAGGGUCGUGGAAAAGGAUCAGAUGCUCCUAAGCCCCCUAUCUACUUUAUGUCUCCAUGGACUGACAAAGUCUUUGAUGUUUGGCAACCUAAAAAUAAAUAGGCUAGUAUUUUCUUAGGUUCUUAUUAACCUUGUAGGAUGAUGUUUUGGUGGGAUCUUUGGUUGUUUUUGGUCAGAUCCUUGUAUGUUUUAAACUAAACGGCUAAAAUGUUGGAUCAAUCGGAAUGUUUUCAUUUU